AUGAGAUCGGCAGAAGUGAGCAGAGUUCGAGAGGAGAUAAAGGUCAGUCCAAUUUUGAUGGGCUGACGGAAAACUGUCUGUUAAAGUGCUCGUCUCGUAUCUCAGAGUUUAAGUGUGUUCAUUACGGAGUUCAACUGACAUGUGGCUCGUACGCCACUCGGAGACUCCUCUUUUUGGCACGCAAACGCGUCUCAGACGCCGUGUCUAAACUAUUUGCCCAGCGCCGCACUGAACAAGUGCCUGACAGUGACCCACCCGAAAGCCGACGGUUCGGCCUGGUGGAGCAUCGACUACCGCGAACCGGGACGGAGUCGGUGGCUUUGUCACAACCAAAACACUAAAACCAAAAAAAAAAUUUAAAAAAACAGAGGAAUCAGUAACGAACGCAUUGAAACUUAGAGAGACGAGAUCACGGAUUAAGUAGACAGUAGAGCACCUUUUCUUUAUUUUCUGAUGGUUUUUCCCGUGCCGUUUCUUUUCAAAUUCGCAUCCGACACGGAACGAAACGCGAGAAAGAAAUUAGGUGGACGCGAGUAUCAGGUCAGUUUUUUUUUAAGAACUGACGAAAACCCGUUAGGGGAAUAAUUUCCCAUCUUGAAAUCCCGGUGACUCUUUCUGGUUGGCCUGCUGCAAAAAAAUAUAUGAAAAUAAUGACUUUGAGAGAGAUAUCUCUCUCACAACUGCUCUCGAAAUGAAGUUUAGUAAAACCUUUUCUUGGCGGGUUUUCCUUUGCAAUUUUUCAGAUCUGAGGAUCGGCUAGUUUUCCGGAGGAGAUCAAGCGACAACAUUGACAAACGACCUUUAGAAGCUAAGUUGCGCCGCUCAGACGCGAGAGACGAGAUCCCAGAUUAAGUAGACAGUAGGGCACCUUUUCUUUCUUUUCUGAUGAUUUUUACCGUGCCGUUUUUUUCAGAUUCCCAUUCGACACGGAACGAAACGCAAGAAGGAAAUUAGGUGGACGCGAGUAUCAGGUCAGUUUCUUUAAAGAACUGACGAAAAUCCGCUGGGGGAAUAAUUUCAAACGAGGUUCACACACAUUGUGGUUUAUAUUUCAAUUAACUGGUUUCAUGUCGUCUUCAAUGCUCAAUAUCUUUAAUCCCGGUGUCUUUUUUAAGAUUCAGUCGCCAAAAAUGAAAUUAUCUAUAUAAUCAAAAAGAAAAUAAUGACUAUCAGUUUGUUACUCUUCCAAUAGGCUACAGUACAACAAGAAGAGUAGAAUAGAAUAUUCUCUUAUCGGGUUUUCCUUUGUAAUUUUUCAGAUCUGAGGAUCGAUUACUUUUCGCUCGGAUGAAAAGAAGAACAACGACAGUGAGGACAACACAACAGAAUAUGGCAACUAACAGGCCAGUUUCUUUUUAAGAUCUGACGGGGACCCCUAACCUCAAAAAGUUUUAAGAGAGUUUGUAUAUAUUUUUUUCUUUGAUCGUUCUUCUCGCGCAUGCUUUCUCUGCUCCAUGCCCACUUUUCACACUUCUUGAUCCCACUCGCACACUGAUUUAGCCGAAGAUCCGCUCCUCGGACGCCGCCGAUUCGUCUCACUACCUCGCUCCACCAGUGUCUCUUCUUGUUGCCCACUCUUGCACCGCACCAGACUUGCUAACUUUUGCACGCACCGUGACAUCGUUGUUUUGAUCUACCAAAUUUUCCCGGGUUUUUCACUAUCGCAAAUACUCGAAGACUCGGCCCCUUAACCGGGACGCUCAUUCGAUGCUCUUUGCCCGUUACUCGUUACUCACCUUCUUGUACUCACUCGCACUCAGUCACCAACUAAUAAGCCCGUGUUAAACAUUCACUAUAUAAAUUUACGGAGGUUUUUUUUGUGAGAACUUCUCGUGGCUGGCGGGUUCUCCUUUUCAAACUUUCAGGUGAUCGAGAAUUGGCAAGACGGACGAAGGCAGUUACUCCAUUCUAGUCACUCGGAGUUCAAAAGGAGAUUAAGGUCAGCCUAUUUUUUGAUGGGCUGGCGAAAAACUAUCUGUAAAAUACUUUCGGUGUUUUCAUAAAGGCAUCUCACAGAAAAUAGGCCGAGUUUUCCGCCGCAAAGUAGAUCUGCCGAAUAGACUGGAACAGAGCGCAUUUGCUGUAAACCCUAUUUCAUAUUCUCAAUUUCAGGAUUCAGUGGAAGUUGACGGUCGAUGUCAGCAAAUGAGAUCGGCAGAAGUGAGCAGAGUUCGAGAGGAGAUAAAGGUCAGUCCAAUUUUGAUGGGCUGACGGAAAACUGUCUGUUAAAGUGCUCGUCUCGUAUCUCAGAGUUUAAGUGUGUUCAUUACGGAGUUCAACUGACAUGUGGCUCGUACGCCACUCGGAGACUCCUCUUUUUGGCACGCAAACGCGUCUCAGACGCCGUGUCUAAACUAUUUGCCCAGCGCCGCACUGAACAAGUGCCUGACAGUGACCCACCCGAAAGCCGACGGUUCGGCCUGGUGGAGCAUCGACUACCGCGAACCGGGACGGAGUCGGUGGCUUUGUCACAACCAAAACACUAAAACCAAAAAAAAACAUUUUAAAAAACAGAGGAAUCAGUAACGACCGCAUUAAAACUUAGAGAGACGAGAUCACGGAUUAAGUAGACAGUAGAGCACCUUUUAUUUAUUUUCUGAUGGUUUUUCCCGUGCUGUUUCUUUUCAGAUUCUCAUCCGACACGGAACGAAACGCAAGAAGGAAAAUAGGUGGACGCGAGUAUCAGGUCAGUUUUUUUAAAGAACUGACGAAAACCCGUUAGGGGAAUAAUUUCCCAUAUUGAAAUCCCGGUGACUCUUUCUGGUUGGCCUGCUUCAAAAAAAAUAUAUAAUCAAAAUCUAUAUAUAAUCAAAAUGAAAAUAAUGACUUUGAGAGAGAUAUCUCUCUCACAACUGCUCUCGAAAUGAAGUUUAGUAGAACAUUUUCUUGGCGGGUUUUCCUUUGCAAUUUUUCAGAUCUGAGGAUCGGCUACUCUUCCGGAGGAGAUCAAGCGACAACAUUGACAAAAGACCUUUAG